UGUGUUGUGGGAAAUGCCAAACUGUUCACAGAGGGGAUAAUGAUGGCUCUCCAGCAAAAAAAUGGGAUACAUACAAUGAGGCCCUCUGAAUGUUCCACAGCUGUAAUGACACACACACACGGGGAGAGACAGGGAGCUAAUGGCCAUCUUCCCUUAGAUGUAAAAGCAAUCUGACAACAAUAACGUGGCUGUACUCAGCGUAACAAAGCCAGCUUUUACACUGUCACUGUGAGGAGUCCACAGGAGGAAUGUGAUGGAACAGAGAGGAUGAGCUGAAGAGAGGGGCUGGAAGGAUUGGUGCACUUCAUGUGCAACUAUAUAAAGGGCUGGCAUUUCCAUUAAUUGCAAACAGACUGCCUUCAAACUGUAGCAGUCACAACUGUAAGCUACCUUUGGUUCUUCAAGGUUCAAUCACAAGAGCAAUGACAAAACUAAAGAACAAACUCUACUGUACACAACCUAUGAUUACAUUAACAGUGAUUGUAUUACCAGCUCAGUCUUAUUGCAGUUUAGAGAGAGCACACCUGCCUGUCAGCAGCGGUCACAGACAGUUAACCUCAAGAUCUGUAACUCAUCUGAGUCAAUCGAGCUUCAAACUAUGUCAACCAGUGUCUGUCUAAACAGCUUAGUACUAAAGCUACACAAAGACUAGCCUAACUUAUUACAACAUUCCACAACACUGUUCGAGACGUUCAAACAGUAACGUUAGCUACUUCAGCAGGAGCCACCUGCGGUAGCAUGUCUCUGCAACCACUGACUGCAGUGAACUGUGGCAGCCUCCUGCAGCCUGGCUGCUCCCUGUUACAGCUGGACGGUGACAUAUUUCUGUUCGGCCAGAAAGGCUGGCCCAAGCGCUCCUGUCCUACUGGGGUUUUCGGGGUACGCCUAAAGCAUGGGGAGCUCAAACUGCGACCCAUCUCCUUCUCCAAUGACUCCUGCUACCUUCCCCCUCUGCGUUGUCCCGCCGUGACCCGCCUUGAGCCCCAUGAUGGACACCCAGAGGGCUACCUCAUCCAUGGAGGCCGAACCCCAAACAACGAGAUCUCCUCCAGCCUCUACCUGCUGACCCUGGACAGCCGUGGCUGCAACCGCAAAGUGACCCUGCGAUGUCAGGAGAGAGAGUUGGUGGGAGAGCAGCCAGGGCCCCGAUACGGCCACACCCUCAGUAUGGUGCAGAGUCUGGGCAAGAGGGCCUGCGUUGUGUUUGGGGGCAGAUCCUACAUGCCGGCCGGGGAGCGGAGCACAGAGAACUGGAACAGCGUUGUGGACUGCCCUCCUCAGGUGUUCAUCAUCGACUUAGAGUUUGGCUGCUGCUCCGCCCACACCUUACCUGAGCUCACUGACGGCCAGUCCUUCCACCUAGCUUUGGCCAGAGACGACUGUGUCUACUUCCUUGGUGGCCACACUCUGUCGUCUGACUCCCGUCCUCCUCGUGUGUUCUGCCUGCGUGUGGACCUCCUGCAGGGCAGCCCUCUGCUUUCCUGUGAGCACCGGGACACCGGCCUGUCCAUCACCAGUGCUAUUGCCACCCGUGUGGGGCCCUCCCAUGAGUACAUUGUCCUGGGUGGGUAUCAGUCAGAGACCCAAAAGAGGAUGGAGUGCAGCAGUGUGGUGCUGGAUGACUCUGGGAUCAGCAUCGAGCCAAGAGAGGCCCCUCAGUGGACAGGGGAAAUCAGCCACAGCCACACCUGGUUCGGAGGCAGCUUGGGUGGAGGGAGCGCUCUGAUCGGGGUCCCCUCUGAGGGCAGGCCAGCCCCGCCCGAAGCACAUUACUUCUACCAGGUGUGCUUCCAAAAGGAGGAGGGAGGAGAGGGUGAAGACGGGAAUCAGGGCUGCAGCCAGGAGUCCACAGACUUCGAGGACUCCGCCCCUCUGGAGGACUCUGAGGAGCUGUACUUCGGCCGCGAGCCCCAUGAGCUGGAGGACAGCAGCGAGGGAGAGGGGGAUACGUACAAUGAAGAGGAUGAGGAGGACGAGUCCCAGACAGGCUAUUGGGUCAAAUGUUGCCUGGGCUGCCAGGUGGACCCCAACACUUGGGAGCCCUACUACUCCACAGAGCUGCUGCGGCCAGCCAUGAUCUACUGCUCCAAAGGGGAGGGAGGCCACUGGGUCCAUGCCCAGUGUAUGGAGCUGACUGAGGGCCUGCUGGUGAGGCUCUCGCAGGGAAACGGCAAGUACUUCUGCCUGGACCACGGAGGCCUGCCCCGCCAGGAGAUGACCCCGCCACGCCAGGUGCUGCCCCUGAAGAGGAGCCCCAUGAAACCCCAGCACAGGAAGGGCCCAAUGAUGCCGAAGAUGACACCCGCCAAGAAGCGCUUCUUCAGGAGGCUGUUUGAGUGAUGUCUGACCAUGCAGUAUAGUUAUACUUACUCAUUGAUCAACUGGUUCAUAAUAUGUCAUUCUAAUUAUGUGGCCUAAAUGCCAUAUCAUUGUUUACUGUGCCAUUGCAGCAAUUUACUGUUCUCAAACUUUUGAAUAAGUAAACUCAGAACUAUUUUUUGUGCUUGUUUUUUGAUUCCUUACAGUGCUCAAUAUUUUAUGUAAUAAACUAAACUUUUGCAAGAAAAAUGUAUGAAACCAAAUUGAAUAAAAAUGGAAAUUAAAGCCAGAGUCUAUUUGCUCCAUGUUCUACCCCCACAUAUUACACAUAGUGACUUUGUGGCUUGCUGUGUUCACCCUCGUUUUUGGCAGUUGUUAUCAGAGGAUGCUUUUAGAAUAUUUGAGGUUUGUCAAACCAAAUUUUCUUUGGAAGGUAGGCUAAUACUGUGUGGACUUGCACAACUGUAUGUAAACCUAUA